GGGAACAGCCUUAGUUUGACGCAUGCGCACUUGGGUUCGCUAACCCUCCUGGUGAAAGAUGGCGUCCCGCGCGGGACCUCGAGCCGCUGGAACCGACGGCAGCGACUUCCAGCACCGGGAGCGCGUGGCAAAGCACUACCAAAUGAGUGUGUCCCUCAAGUCCGAGAUUAAGAAGUUGAUCUACAUGCAGAUAGCGCUGUGGCUUCUGGUGGCAGCGCAGAUGUGCAUCGCUCACUUCAAGCUGCUGCCCCACGACCAGGUGGCCAUGCCUUACCAGUGGGAAUACCCGUACCUGCUCAGCAUCAUCCCUUCGCUCUUCGGCCUCUUCUCCUUCCCGCGGAACAACAUCAGCUACCUGGUCAUCUCCAUGAUCAGCACGGGCCUUUUCUCAGUGGCGCCUCUCAUCUACGGCAGCAUGGAGAUGUUCCCGAUGGCGCAGCAGCUCUACCGCCACGGCAAGGCCUACCGCUUCAUCUUUGGCUUCUCCGCCGUCUCCGUCAUGUACUUGCUGGUGGUGGUCGCCGUGCAGGUUCACGGCUGGCAGCUGUAUUACAGCAAGAAGCUGCUGGACUCCUGGUUUACCAGCACACAGGAGAAAAAGAAGAAAUGAACAGGCGGCCAGGAGUUCACCUGCAUGCAGCGAUGUCUGGGGGCUUGGGGUGGGGGCUCAGGGGUGCCCUGCUCAAGCAGAGGCAGAUGGCGCUAUUUGGGAUUCUCUGCCCUCCCUACCAUGCCAAGCUGAUGGGAGAUGGCAAGGGCUCCGUUUGAGCAGGGUGAAAGCCUCUGUGGGUGCCUUCCAACCCUCUGCUGGCAACCACAGGGACUAGGAGCUGCAGACUUCGGCAACCCUCCUUUUGGGAGGGAUUUACAGGAGAGGCAACUGGUGCCAUUCAGAAAGACCUUACCUAGCUUGCUCAGACUGAGAGAUGCAGGACGCUGAAUUGUGACCAGGCAGUCUGACUCCAUCUUCUUGAGUUGGUUAGAUGUGAGUUGGGUAAGAGGAUGUGAGUUCAUGGUGAGGCUUGAGGUCCCAUCACGUUUCACCCAUCUUAAGAGCUCCCAAUCAAGCCCUUUUGAGAGAUUAUGCUAUGUGUACUUACCCUAUUUUUCUGUGUAUAACGACCCCUAUUUUUUGGGACUGCAACAAAAUAAUUUGGGGGGGGGGAAUUGCUCAGAGUUCUUGCACUUUUUGGGGGGAGAUUGCCCAGAGUUGUUGAGCUUUGGGGGGGGGGGACCACCGCAAAACACUCGACAGCCUACCCCACAAGGCAAACCACACACAUCACUACAGACAUCAAUCGUCUACAUACUACUACUACUACUACUACUACUAAUAAUAAUAAUAAUAAUAAAAAUAAU